AUGGCAACUUUACACUUACACAGCGUCCUACCCAAUCCGACGUCGUUCAAAUCCACCAAGGCCACUACUUCAACUCGGCGCAGGCUCCUAGCGAACUCAGUCAGGUGCGCCGAGGCAACUCAGGUCACCGGCGAGACCCAGCGAGUCACAGUGAGGAACGGGAACGAUUCCCUGGACAUAUGCCGAGUCCUGAACGGAAUGUGGCAGACGAGCGGUGGUUGGGGCAGAAUCGACCGAGACGACGCCGUCGAGGCCAUGCUCCGCUACGCUGAUGCUGGCCUCUCCACCUUCGACAUGGCCGACCACUGUUGGUAA